UUAGCCUGAACAAGCAACAGUUUCCGAGAUGAAGUUCCUGAUCAUCCUUGCCCUGGCCGUGGCCGCCUCCGCUCUGCCGGAGCCUGAGCUGCACCACCGCAGCCGCGAGAUGCCCGUGGUUGGCAGCAUCGAGGGUCGCAUCACCGGAGGCGUCGCCGCCUCCGUUGGCCAGUUCCCCUACCAGGUGGGACUUUCCCUGAAGAUCAGCGCUCUGUCCAGCGGCUUUUGCGGUGGCUCCCUGAUCAGCAGCACCUAUGUGCUGACCGCUGCUCACUGUACCGAAGGAGUUCAGUCCGUGACCGUCUACCUGGGCGCCACCGUGCGUACCUCCGCCGAGGUUACCUCCACCGUCUCCAGCUCGAACAUCCUCAUCCACUCCGGCUGGAACAGCGCCACCCUGAAGAACGACAUCUCCCUGAUCAAGAUCCCCGCCGUCAGCUACAGCAACAGGAUCUCCGCCGUCGAGCUGCCCGCCGUUGCCAACUCCUACUCGACCUAUGCCGGUGACAAAGCCAUCGCCUCCGGAUGGGGCCGCAUCAGCGACUCGUCCAGCUCCGUGGCCACCAACCUGCAGUACACCACUCUGGACGUGAUCACCAACGCCGUGUGCGCCGCCACCUACGGCAGCUCGAUCGUGACCACCUCCAACAUCUGCGUUGCCACCACCAACGGCAAGUCCACCUGCAACGGUGACUCCGGCGGCCCCCUGGUCCUCGAGUCCAGCGGUGUCCAGAUCGGUCUGACCUCCUUCGGAGCCGCUGCCGGCUGCGAGAAGGGCUACCCGGCUGCCUUCACCCGUGUGACCAGCUACUUGGACUGGAUCAAGUCGAACUCUGACCUGUAAGGUGCCAUUGGGAACUAUCAUUUCAAAUAAAAAGCAAUUCUGACGAA